CUACAACGUUCCUUUCAGUACCACCUACAACCACAAAACAAUACCCGACCAUGUCCGAAGAUAUUGUCCUUCCCAUCCCGAACCUGGAGCUUGCCCAGCAUUAUUUCGUCCUCUCUACACCAUCCUUGCAGAGGCUACACGACAAUGCGCGGGUUGAAUUGCUCAAGGGUAUUCAGGCUGAUCAGAUGGCACCUUACUACCGUAUCGUCACUUCGACAAAUGUAUUACCUCUGGACGCCACUCUGCUUGAAACAAUGGAGAAACAGAAUAAGGAAGAACUCGAGAAACUUGAUCUGCGAUUAAAGGAGGCCGAAGAGACUGAAGGGGAGACUGAUAUUGCCGAUGCUUUGCGUUCAAAGGCGAAUUACCUUACGCGCAUUGGUGAGAAGGACAAGGCUGUAGAAGCCCAGAAGGUUGCUCUCGAGAAGACGCCCGGUCUUGGUCAACGAAUAGACAUCGUACUCACUCUCAUUCGAAUUGGACUAUUCUUCGGUGAUCAAGACCUCAUCUCAACACAUCUGGCGAAAGCAGAAGACUUGAUUGAACAAGGUGGCGACUGGGACCGAAGGAAUCGUCUCAAAGUCUACCGUGGUCUCCAUUUACUUUCCAUACGUCAAUUCAAGCGAGGUGGUGAACUGCUGCUUGAUGCAUUGUCGACGUUCACUGCGACCGAGCUCAUUUCGUACAAUGACUUUGUCAUUCUCACUACUAUUGCCGGAGUACUGACGUUGAGCAGAGUGGACUUGAAAAAGAAGCUCAUCAACGCCCCCGAAGUAAACCAAGUCCUCCCGGACGUCCCCAUCCUUUCCGAACUUAUCAGGAAUCUUUACGAUUCACACUACGAUAAAUUCUUCGUUGCGCUUGCAAAACUUGAGCAAGAUUACCUCCUCCCGUCGCGCAUCCUUGCACCACAUACCCGAUUCUAUGUCCGAGAAAUGCGCAUUCUCGCAUACAGCCAACUACUCGAAUCAUAUCGUAGUCUGACGCUUGACAGCUUAGCUCUCUCCUUCGGCGUCAGCGUGGACUUUGUUGACAACGAACUCUCCCGAUUCAUCGCCUCCGGCCGUCUUCACUGUACGAUUGACAAGGUUCACGGAGUGGUAGAGACCAACAGACCAUCGCUGAAGAAUGCACAAUACGAGACAGUAGUCCGACAAGGAGACAUUCUGUUGAACUCGGUGCAGAGACUUAGCAAGGUUCUGCAUUGAAUACCCAUUCUGGCAGGGUUGUGAGGACGCUUGUAGUUGUAGUAGAUAGCAGCAAUCCAUAUAUUCAGCUUCUUGAAUGUGAUUCGCUUCAAUUGAACUUGGGGAAUGGUUCAAGCUUUGGAAUU